ACUCAAGUUUUGACGGCUACCGAUGGGAGACGUCUCGUUUUGUUCUCGCGUGAAAAAAAAACUUUGAUGUCUGUUUUCAAUGUGCGCCGCGAUUGUGUUGUGUAAUUUAAUGUAAAAAUAUUCGUAAUAUUGUGGUUUAUCGCCUAUAAACUGUGUUUUGAGAACUAAAAUAAUCCAAAAACGUAUGGAGAUUGUGUAACACGUUAUUGACAAAGGAACUAAAAUCAAACGCACAUCGCGUCCGACAUCUUGAAGAAGCAUCAGCAUUUCGCCAUUCUGAAAAUUUUGGGGUGUCGCGCCAGGUAGAAGAAAAAAAAAUCCUUGAAUCCUUGUCAGCUGUCGGAAACCGGUUUGGUCCCGGCGUGGAACUGCGUUGCAUUUUUUUUAUUUGCGUCGCGCUAGACACGUGAAGAAGAGCCAUGGCUCCUAAAAAGUACAACAAACGGAACCACCAGCCGAAGGGGCCCUACUACUUCUUUAUGAUGGAGUUCAAGAAGAAGCAGGAAGCCGCUGGACACAUCUUCCGCGGGGGAGUGCACGAAGUGCAGCAGCGAGCAUCUCCCUAUUGGAACACAAUGACCAACGCGCAGAAGGAACCCUACCAGAAGAUGGCCCAGGAGCACCGGGAUUGGCUACGGGAGAACGGUGAAAAGUACACCUCGCAGGGUAUUCCGCUGACGAUGGUGGAAGCCGAGCAGAAGGCCAAACAGGCGAAGGGAGAUCUGAUCAAGAACACGAUCAGCGACAUGCUGGACAAGGCCGUUGCCAAUAACGAGCUGGAAAAACUGGAAUUUUACUUCAUCUCGUUUGCCUACUUCUGCGUGACAUCCGGAGGAACCUACAUCCCGGCCGAAAUGGGCCUGGUCCGGUACAGCCUCAAAGACGGUGUCAUGGACAAGCUGCACAUGUUCAUCGAUCCGGGAAAGCUUCCCCUGGGAAUGGCUUACGAUGCCAAGCAGCACUCGGAGAGCGACCACCAGCUCCCGAUCCCACCGGACGCCAAGGGAGAGAAGGACAACGACGAGAUCAUCCUGAAGUUGUUCAGCUUCCUGUCUCAACAGGAAAAGAUGCCUCCGCUGUUCACCGAGACGAACGACAUCCGGAUGGUGGAAAACAUUCUGAAAGGAAUCCUGAACCAGGGAUCGAUGGACGAAAACACUUUGCUGGUUUGUCCCCUGUCGGAGUUGUUCUACCAGCUGAAGCGAGCUACCGAAAGCUUUGGAUUGGACAUCAAAACCUUCCCCUCGGUACACAUCGCUCAGGCCAUCAUCCAGAAGGACGUGUACGAGUACACCAAGGAUAUCUCGUGCGAGUUUCACGAGGACCAGGGCAACGGCAAGUACUGUCCCCUGUCCCGGUGCGUCCGCUGGGCCUACAUCAUAUCGGACAGUUGCUGUUUAGAUUUGAGCAUCGAGAUGAAACCGGGCCGCCACCUGCCGAUGAAUGCCGAUACGGCCCUCUGCAACACGACGGAAAUUGCUGAUACCAGUUCAUACAUCAGCCAACAGAUGGACAACUGCUCGUUUGUGUCCUCGUCGGAGUUGACCCACUUAACACAUCCAAAGAUGAAUAAGCUUCCCAAAAGCCACUAUGACACGUUCGACGAUAAGAGUAAGGUGUUCAGUACCAGCCGUGGUCUGAGGGCAUCGUAUGACUCUGAGUACAGUCGAAAGAAGAUCAAGGAUGAAUAUCCGGCCUUGGGCGACUCGAUGAAGUACGAAACCUCGAGCACCACCAGCAGUAGCAGCCGCCGCGAGUCUUCCUCUCGCAGUGCUUGGGAGCGAUCGUCCACUCGGGACUACUCGCCGCCGGCACGCAGCUCGUAUGACCGCGAUUCGUACGAUCGGCGUGAUCGCGAUCGGGACAGCAGCCGCCGUGAUCGUGACCGUGAUCGCGUCGAACGUGACUACUAUAGUGGCAGCAGUCGCGAUCGCGAUCGUGAUUACUACAGUAGCAGCAGCCGCGAUUACGGUCGGGAUUACGAGCGCGAUCGUUACCGUCGUCGUGAUUCGCCCGAUCGUCACCGUGGCGAGAGUAGCCGCAGCAGCAGCGAUUAUCCGCGGAUCAAGCAGGAACGCCACUCGCCGGACUCGGAUCGCGAGGAGUUGCAAUCGAUUUCGUCCCGGUCCAGCGAUGCCCACAGAGUGGGCGGAUAUGGCCGUGGAACGCUAUUCGCUACACCGUCAUCCCCUUCGCCUCCCGGCACCAGCUUCUCGUCCAGCGAUUUCCCCGAACUGGGAGCAGUUCGGAGCGCCGGUCGUGGCAUGUUAAGCAAGUAAGAGGUGUCAUGUUGGGGGGAGAAUAUUGAGAAUAUUGACAACAGAAGUAACGAUGACCUACAAAAUGUUAUCGAGUUACUUAACACUGCUCUCAGCAUGUUGGAGCACGAAUCUUCUGUUCUUUGGAAGGUUCACUAUUUUUAAGGCAAGUUUUGAACCAAUUGUACACAUUAAGUUUCCAAAGUUUUAAUUUGUUUUGGUCAUGGCUUUUUUUCCUCUUUUAUUUUAUAUAACUCACCUUUCAUGUUUCGUGUCACAUUUCUUUUUCCUAACAACUCAUUACACAUUUUUUCGUUCUCACGGAAAAACAUAGAGAAAUUGUAAAUUUCAGUAUCGUGACAACCAGUUUUUGAAGAAUAUCUAUGUAUGUUCAAUGUUUAUUUUCCCUUUAAUCUGUAAUGUGCUGUGUAAGAUGUACCAAUGAUGAAAAAUGCCAGUUUAUAUCGCUUGUAACAAAAAUGAAAACACAAUUUGAAACACAUAAUUAAAACAUCCUUCAAGAAGGAAACUAAAAUUUGAAAGACAUUGUUUAAAAAAACAGCAUAUAAAUGUUUCUCCAAUUCCUCCCGUAUGACUCGAGAAAAGCAUUCAAAAGCGAUAAUAUUGAUGCACGUAAACCGAAUAAUAAUAAUAGAAAUACAAACAUAGGUGUGUAAGGAACCGAAAAGAACAAAGAAAUAUAAAAACGCAUGAUGAAAUGAUACUGAAAGAACGAAAGUCUACAAAUGGAGGUACCAUUAAAAUGAUCCUUAACAUAAAAGGAUGCAAGAAAUACAAAUUCAAUAAAUACAAAGUGACUUGAAAUUACGUAAAA